AUGGAGCCUUCUCUCGAUGUGAAGGUAGGCGAUACGCCAGUCCUGCUCCGGAAGAUUCAGUCACCCAUAGAAGGUCAAUCUGGAUACGACGGCUCUGAGACGUCUACAUCCUUGCUCCAGACAGGCUAUCGCAAGACUGAAAACGCGCGACCGUUUUCAGUUGACACCAUCUUCGAGAAGAACAUCGAUAUACCUUUGCGGGAUGGCACGAUCCUAAAAGCAGAUAUCUUCAGACCAGACAAUGGCAGCAGAGGCAGAGUGCCUGUUCUGCUGCCGUGGAGUCCUUACGGCAAGUCAGGGAGAGGAAUGACCUUGGGAAUGCUGCCUGGUCGAAUGGGAGUACCGGAAGAUUGGCUGUCCGGGUUCGAGAAGUUCGAAAGCCCUGACCCAGCAGAGUGGACAGCGAGAGGCUACGCCCUUGUCCACAUCGAUUCACGGGGCGCCUGGGACUCCCAAGGCUAUCUAUGCUGGCCCGGUAGUCAAGAGGGGCGCGACGGCUACGAUGUAAUUGAAUACGUAGCUAAGCUGCCCUGGUGCAAUGGGAACGUGGCUACCGUGGGAAACUCGUGGCUUGGCCGUGCUCAGUGGUACAUCGCUGCAGAGCAGCCGCCUUCUCUCAAAUGUAUUGCACCUCUGGAGGGAGCUAGCGAUCUAUACCGGGAGAUUCACGUCCGGGGUGGUAUAGCCUGCACUCCGUUUCUGGAGUGGAUGAUGGGAAACCUUCGAGGUCGCAAUCCAAUGGAAGAUCCCGUUGCGAUGCUGAAGAAAUACCCACUCAUGAACGACUACUGGAGGGACAAGCGGGCCGAUAUCUCGCGUAUCAAAGUCCCAGCCUACAUCCUUGCAAGCUACUCGACAUUCUUGCAUCUACCAGGUAGCCUUCGUGGCUUUGAGGACAUGCCGCACGACAAGAAAUGGUUGCGCAUCCACAGUACCCAAGAAUGGCACGACUUGUACCAGCCCUCGACCAACGACGAGCUGCAAAGCUUCUUCGACAGGUAUCUCAAGGGAGUCUCCAAUGACUGGGAGAGUACACCCAAAGUUCGCGUGUCACUGCUGGGUUUCAACCAAGUAAGAAGAUUUCCCAACCAUUUACCAGACACAUUGUUCCUGGUGAGCCGCACUUACCAGUAUCUGCAGCCGAACAUCAUCAACAAACCCUUUCCGACUUGGCCAGUUCCCGAAACCCGAUACCAGCGACUAUACCUCCACAAAGACGGCACUCUGUCCCCAGACUUUCCCACUACCCCAGCAACCGUAAGCUACCAAUCCGAUGUCGACUGCAAACAAAUGGGCAAUGAUCCCGAGGAAGCAACCUUCACCUACACCUUCUCCCAACGCACCUACCUCCUAGGCAGCACCAAAGCCACGCUCUUCAUCUCCUGUCCCGAUGCCGACGACAUGGACAUCUUCCUUCAGAUCCGCAAAGCAGAUGCCCAUGGUAACCACCUCCUCAACUACAACAUCCCCCAGUCCGAUCUCGAUGCCUGUGGCGUCCCGCAGGACAAAGUCCCGCUCCUGAACACCUACGUCUAUCUCGGGCCCACGGGGCAGAUCCGCGCCAGCCAUCGCGCUAUUCAUCGCGAGCUGUCGAGGCCGCAUUACAUACAGCAUGAGCAUUUGCGGGAGGAGGAAACGCCGAGGGGAGAGGUGGUCAAGGUUGAGACUAGUCUGUGGCCUGGAGGGAUUAUUUUUGAGGCGGGCGAGUCGCUUGUCUUCAAGGUCAGUGGUCACCCGAUGUAUCUGGCUGAGUUUCCGACGCUGCGUGGGGAGUUCAAGGCGAGGAAUGUGGGGAAGCAUAUUCUGUCUGUUGGUGGGAGCAGGGAUGGUGGUGAGGAAGGUAGUUAUAUCACUGUGCCUCUGCUGAAGAAGCUGUGA